AUGCCUCCCUCCUCUCGCAAGGGAAAGAGCAGGGCGAGAAGAGCUCCUGCGGCCACCGAAACCCAUGCUCAGGACCAUUCCGAAGCGGAGCCUGAGGCCAUUGCUACGCCGUCCCGGGGUUCACGAAAACGAGCACGAGGGACUGAGGCGACAGCACCCGCUGCGCGCAACACGCGCCGCAAAAUCAAGGACACACGCACCGCCGAAGAUACAGAAGGCACUGAGCCGCAUGAGCUGAGCGACAAUGAGACGGAACCGUCCACACCGACCGAAGAGGACAUUAUCCAGUGCUUGAGAGUGGCCGAUAAAAAGGUCCACGCGACCGAAGACUUUGCCAAUGAACUUCUCGAAGGUCAAGAAAGUGUACCUGGCUACGGUAAAAUAGCUGGUCGCGAUUGGGUGUACAUCAUUCGCAAGGUCGAGGUCAAUAUUGGACGGCCUGAAGAGCAUCAACGCCUCGAUCACGAACCGAGCCAGCACCCUCUCACCCCGAGCGCCAAGCAAAUUGUCGAUAUCGAUCUGGGCCCUGACAGGCAGGUCUCGAGACUGCACGCCGCCAUUGCUUACGACUCUGACAGCAUGCAAUGGUUCAUCCYGGUCAAUGGUCGCAAUGGAUUGCGUGUGGACAACAACCUCCAGAAGCGUGGCGCCAAAACCUACCUCCGUAAUGGCAGCGUCAUUGAAAUCGCCGGUACUCAGAUGGCAUUCAUCACGACCCCGAACGAGGACGGCGACGGUCCAAUCUGGGAUGCUUCUAUCCUCAAGCAAGCGCAGAAGUCUUCAGAGGACGACGACGAUGGCGAUGAAGACCCACGCUCUACCAAUAAUCGCAGUGUACAUCCAUCCGGUCGGAGCAAUCUACAGGAUGCUGGAAUGUAUCAGUCAAACUACGGAGGCCAGCAACAGCACACUCAUCCAGGUCAGGCGCAGCCGCAACAACGUAUGCAUCCUCACUCGCAUCGGGCGGCACUGCAGGUCACGCCAGGAACUCCCAUGCGAUCUCAAACUUCAUUCCCCAAAUCGUCGCCCGCUGCGACAUACUCGCGCGGUAUGCAGAUGGAGUCGUCCGAAAGCAUUGAUUAUUCUCAGGAGGGUGCAAAGGAUCUCAAGCCACCGCACUCGUAUGCACAGCUGAUCGGCAUGGCUAUUCUCAGUACCCAUGAGCAGCAAAUGACACUCAAUAACAUCUACAAAUGGAUCAUGGCCAACUAUGCAUUCUAUCGCUUCAACACUGGCGGCUGGCAGAACAGUAUCCGCCACAAUCUGAGCUUAAACAAGGCUUUCACGAAGAUAGCACGCCGCACGGACGAGCCCGGCAAGGGCAUGAAGUGGAUGAUCGAGCCCACCGAGUACGACAACUUUGUCCAACAAGGCAUGAAGGGCUGCAGACGCCCGAACCCUAUUCCGGGGACUCACAGCAACAUGGGCUCACCUACCAGCCCGAUGGAUCGCCCCAGAGUUGCAAAGAGGGAAGAGGAUCUUACCCCUCCCCUGAAUUCUUACCGCCCUCCAUAUCCCACCGCAAUGGAAGCCUACACUCCAGAUCGCGGUCCCCGACAAAUGGCGAAUACGUCCAUGGAGAACAACAUGGGUCUCAGUAUGGAGGGCAGCGGCUUGGUCGAUUACGACUAUCCACAUCGCGCCACCCCACGGCAUGGCAUGAAUGGAAUGAACGCCAUUGCACAUGCUGCCGGGUCGCCACCCGCGCUGUACGUGAAUGACGAGGGUCGUGUCGGUCCUUUGGACACGCCUUUCCCACUCCGCCCAUCACAGCGCCUGGCGCCUCCAAGCACGCUACGGCGCCCCAGCGACUUUAUCCAAUUCAGCAGCCCUGCUCCAUUCUGGAAGAUGGAAGGUUUGGUGGGUAGCACUCCGUUCAAGCCCUUUGAUCUUAGUCCCCUGAAGACGCCAUUUCCAGCGCUGAAGAAAAGUGAUGGCGAGGAGAAGAAGGCCACUGAGGAAGAAGAUGAGGAAGAGGAUGAUGACGAAGACGAUGACGAGGAGGAGGAGGAGGAGCAGAGGUUGUCCUUCGAGAGGAGCACCGUUGAACCAAUCAAUGACGCCGACCGGAAGUCAGAGCGAGGCAGUCCUAUCAUGGGAUCCAGUAGUCCACCGUUGCAGCCCAUAUCUGGUCUCGAGGCAAGCCCGACCGUGAGUAGGCCCGCAACUGCUGUUGCCAAGACACUCAGCCAGAUGUCUCAAGAGCAGCGUGGGCCCGAGAAGACUCCUCCAAAUGUCUCCGAUUCUGCGCCUCCUGUUGUGCAGCAGCAUACACCGCCAAACACCGCCAUCGCCAUCGCUCAACCCGUGGCUAGGUCCCUCGAGCUCCCCCAGACCUCUGUCGCUGGUAACUUUGAGGCCGCUCGUCCAGCUAGCAAUGUUGUAUACAACAACAACAGUACCUCAUAUACCGCCAACACCGCUCCGCAGGUUAAUGUAUUCCAUGCUGCCGACGAUGGCGAAGACGAAGGGAUCGAUCUUGUCAAGGGCUUUCAACCCAUUGGAGCUUUUCACCAGCGGAACCAUUUGGCUAUGAGCAACAACCACCGGAUGGGUCACGUCGGUCCUGCUCCAUCUUUCGGCCGUUAG